AAAAAAACUCUCUCUCUCUUCGCCGGGGCUUUUUCGUGAUUCUUAUUUGGUUCACCCUACAAACGAUUUGGAACGCAGCGUGUGGGUGAGAAGGUGGAGGCAGUCCAAUACGAAGAGAUAUAUCCCACAGCGACAUCGAGUACAGUGGAAGGAGAGACAUACGGCUGGCUGGCUGGCUGGCCUAAGGGGAGGCCAAUAUGGACGCGUUGGAUGUUGGUCCGGAAGAUGGAGGACGAAGGGGAGGUGACGAGCCAAUACCUUCACCACCUCGGAUCCCAGAUCAAGGUGCAGGAGUGAAGGAAGAUGAUGAAGAAGCAGCAGGGGGAAGGAAAAGUGACCAGACAGAGGCUCAUGUCCUCAUUGAAGACAGAGAGAAGAUUCCGGAUGACAGUACGCAGGAUGGAAUGGAGGGCCAAGGAGAGGAAUCUAGUGAACGUCGUGACGAGCCUGCGAGCAGCGAUAUGACUUCAGAGCGACCUCUUGUCGAUUCGCUUCCGGACGCGUCGAGUCUACCUGUUGACCACUCAUCGGCACCGGAUCAAGUCGAUGUCAUUGGCGACGAAAGGAGAAGCGAUGUGGAAGCUGGACUGGAGCAAGUAGAUGCUUCGGAAGUUCAGGCGGCUACAGAGAUCGGUACCGAUGACCUGACCACUCCUGCAAAGGGAACGGAGCAUGUAGAUGCUCUGGAAGUUCAGGCGGCUACAGAGAUCGGUACCGAUGAUCUGACCACUCCUGGAACUGAGGACAAGGCUGCCGCAAACGUCAUGACUGCGCCAAACGUUCUGCCAAGUCUCGGAUCAACCCAAAUUGGACACGACGAUAAGACUGGAGGAGAGACUUUCCCUGGACCCUUCUUCAUGUACCCUGGCUUACCAGUCACCUCUUCGACGACGGGUAUGGGAGAGUCAUCUUUACCAUCAUCAUCGACUCUGCUCACGCCGACAGAGGGCGGCGGCAGUCUUACGUCGACAAUAUUGCCGGCAGCGGCCGACCCUGUGCCUGCUGCCUCUGCGGACUCGGCAGUUCCAUCCUCCCUCACUCCCGAUCCGACUCGACCCGCUCCUCCGUCUGUCCAACUGGCGGACGCCACCCCUCAGCCCGAGCAAACCUCAUCCGCCUCUCAACCUGUUCCUCCACCGGUACCUCCUCCUGCUCAGCCGGCUCCACGUCCAGACGUUCAAACAAUCGUUUCAGAUCUGUCUGCUGCGGCUGCAGCCCAAAGACGCCUAUCGAACGGUAUGACCGUUGCGGAAGCCGCUGCCAGAAUGGCCGCCAUACCGGGUAGAGAGCACAUGACGAGGGAGCAGCUACUGGAGGCCGUGCUGAGGAAGCCACUGGGACAAGAGUCGUCGCAGGGCAUGGCACAGUCACCUACGAUCACGACGACGCCCGGGGCCAACACCGCGCCUUUGAAUGUGGCUCCCUCCAGCGCACCUCCUAUACCCACAACUGAGCCGACAAUCUCCACUCCUGCCCCCGUCCCGAACACUCAAACAGCUACACCCGCUCCUACUCCAGUCGCCGCUUCUACACCUACACCUGCUACCGCCUCUGCGCCUACUCCUGGAUCCAGCACCACUCCCUCUGCUGCUCGCUUGGCGCAGCCUUCUACACCUGCUCAACGAGGUGCUUUCCUCCAGUCUCUGGCAAAUUAUCUCAAACAAGAGGGGAUCCCUCGUCCGCCUGAAUUAUUCAACCCUUCUCGAUUAGGUGCUAUCCUCGUUGAUGGAAAGGAGUUUCACGUGGUGGAUCUGUUCUUGCACAUCGUCAGAACCGGCGGAAUAGCCAAGAUCCUGAGAGCAUCACACGACGCUCCGAUAUGGACAGAUUGGCUAGAAGCAAUGGGAUUACCCCGAACCAUUCCUCAGAUCUCCCUCGUCGGAUCCGAAACGGCCAAAACGACAGACACAGUCACUUACCUUUUGUCUCUCUAUCAUAUCCACCUCGCUGGCUUUGCAACUUUCAUGCAAAACAAAAAUCGAAAAGCUACGACACCAUCAACCCCUGCGCCAGUCAGCGCUGUUGCGUCCACUUCUAGCCCUGCACCUGCUCCGAGCCCUGCAGCAUCAACUCCCAGCAGAGUCAUCACCCAAUCGUUGCCGGCCGCGAAAUCCGGGUCCAACUCUCCGAACAAGAAACGGAAACGUGAGAAAACGGAUGAUGCUUCGGCUGCGACUCCGACGGAACCGGCAGCAGCCAGUUCACAGACACCUGUCAACGCGACUGGGCCCGGAGCCCCGACUUUGGAGCCACCUACAUCUGCUCCGGGUGCACCGAGCAGGACACGCUACAAAGUCGCCUACACACCUCUGCAUCAUCCGAGUCCCAAUCUCGGUGGAUGGGAUGAUCGUGCAGUGUCAUCUGGUUUUACUCGAUUUAACCCACUACGACCAGCUCGAUCCAUACAUGAACUCGGCGUCAUCGACAUGGAGGCCGUCCUCAUGGGUCUACGAUCCCGCAUACCCCGAGAAUUGGGCUAUGCAUUGACAGUCUUAUCCAUGCUGUCAAUGGCACAUCCAGAAGAUCAUAUCGGUGGAUUACACCUGCAACGCUUACACGAGCUGUUUUUUGAUCUAAUGGAGUUUGUGGAGAGUUCGGUGUUUGGAGAGGAAGGCUAUGACGCAUGGAUCAAGCGUCAAGAACCGUGUGAUCCAGUCACCCUGGCCAACCUCGAGCAAUUGAGUCGAAACUUCGAUUUCAGCAUACGUGAUCUUGGUGGAUCAGCUCGUCAGGAGAUAUCAGGGGGACUGACCGAUCACGCCCUUUGCGCGCUCAACAUUCUACGCAACUUGUCCAUGUUCGAACUGAAUCACAUCCAAAUGGCCUCUGAACCGGCAUUCUGUACACUCCUGUCACGAAUCGUCGACCCGCGUCUUGCCAGACCAUCCGGACCGCCAAUCCCGGAUCAGCCCUUUUCACUCUUGGAAUUCGCUCGUGUCAGGCGAGAUUGCGUCGUCAUUUUGACGAAUGUUGGCCGACACAUCAUGCUUCGACGCGUACCGUUCGAUCAUGUUCACGCCAUCUUCCGGCUCAUAUCUUCUCAUCUCGUCUCUGGUUUCGAGAUCACAUCCCGCGAAGGUCUCUAUGGACCACCUGAACGACCACCGCCGAUAUUCCUGACCUUGCACAAUGCCAUGGAAGCUCUGAACAAGUUGACGGAACAAGAUCAAAAUCGGGAGGUCCUUGGCAAGAUCCCUGAAUCCGAAUUGGUCGAGCUAUUCGAUGGACUAAUCAAAAUGUUCCCAUUGACCAGACGAGCCGACGAAGCGAUGCACACCACGGAACAUGCUCUGGGUUAUACGGAGUCCCUCGCCAUGGCUCUGUAUUCUCUGACUUUCAUGUCGCCGUUAUCUGCGCGAAAAGCUAUGCGCAACAUACCUGGGGCUGUGGGGAUCAUCAAGCGCUUGAUCUUUGAUUCCAUCCAUCGACGUCCUGAAGAUUUCCGUCAAAACCCCUUCGCAGUCCUUACGCGGCGGUUAUGUGAGGUCCUAGGGGUUCUGAAUGGCACCGCUACGCCGGCUGGGGAGAGCGGUUUAGAAUCUGUGGGAUUCAGUGCCGGUGCGGGCGAUGGAAAGGGUUGGAGGUGGGCUAGCGGGGUCAUUGAUAAAGGUUGGAUGAGUGGCGAUGAAGAGAGAAUUGUUGAAGGGUUGAGUGUGAGAGGGAUGGACGCUCAUGCGUUUGGAGAGCUGGAUGGGAUGUGGUGGGGAGAUUGAAGUCGAGUAGGCGACGACAGACUGCACUGUAGAUCUGCAGCGUCGAAGAAUGUAUCCUUGUCACGACUG